AGCAAGCAUAGAGAGAAACAUAAAGAUGGGAGCAUCAUCAAUUUUCGAAAUAGGUAAUGAGACAAUUAACACUAUCAAUGUUAAGAGCUCUUCUUCAUUGCCAUGUUCAUUGUUAGUUUUUUCACCAACAACGAAAGGAUCCUAUCCAGUCUUACUCUUUUUCCACGGCUUCAUGCUCAAACCCAGCUGGUACAAAUCCCUCCUUCAACACAUUUCUUCCCAUCGAUAUAUCAUUGUUGCUCCUCAGAUUUCUCUUAUAAACCAGGAAGUGAAAAGCGUAAGGAAAAUAGCAGAAUGGUUAAUCAACAACCUCGAAUCCGUACUGCCGGAGAAAGUUCAACCGGACCUCGAGAAAGUGGCGAUCUCCGGUCACAGCAAAGGCGGUAAUAUGGCAUUCGCCGUAGCUUUUGACAGCUCAAUGCCUCUAAAAUUCUCAGCACUCCUUGGAAUUGACCCAGUAGCAGGAACCUCCCCGUCCUGUCUAUGUCCUCCCUAUGUUCUCGAAUACAUCCCUCGCAUUUUCAAUCAAUCAAUCCCUGUUGCUAUUGUUGGUGCUGGCUUGUCAAAUCAAUCAACAUGUUGUUUGCUCCCGUCAGGUGCGCCAAAUGGAGUUAAUCAUGCGGAGUUUUUCAACGAGAGUAAGCCCCCUUGUUAUUAUUUCUUGGCAAAGGAUUACGGUCAUGCAGAUAUGCUGGAAGCUGAAGGAAUAAUGGCAAUUUUAAUCAGAAUUCUGAUGAAAAGUGGAAAAGGAUCUAAGGACAGUAUGAUAAGAGCUGUUGGAGGAAUUGUGGUAGCAUUUCUUAAGGCUUAUUUGGAAGGUCAAAUUGAUGAUUUAAAUGAUAUUGUUAAAUCACCUAAUCUUGCUCCUAUUACUCUUGAUCCAGUUAUAUCUAUCAAGGAUUAAUUAAUUAAUUA